CAUUACACAGAUGGAGGUCCAGAGCAGCAGGAGCAGCAGCAGAAGAAGACGGAGAAGGCAGAGUACGGGAGUAUUGAUAGUAUAAGUCACUAUGUCAAGAGUGAUAGACAUCUUAUAAUAAUAUUAACAGCAUUGGGACUGAUACAUCCUAAAGCGAGUAUAUGUGGUGUGGUUGGUACUUAUUCAUGGAAACAUCAUCUACACUACCUUCCACUACUUUCAUCAUCAUCAUGUGGUAAUGUAUUACUAUCUAGUAUUCAACAAACAUCCACUCUCGUCCAUUCAUCAUCAUGUCGUGCUGCUAUUCUGGAAGGUCUAUCUAACUAUCAAUGGUUACAACUAGCUGGUAGUGAGGAUGAUGAUGAUGAUGAUCAAACUACUACUACUACAACUACUGCUUCUUGUCUUUCGAAAGGAGGUGGUAUGAGGUAUUGGGAUUAUCUCCAUUUAUUCCGAGAUAGCACUGUGGUAUCCACUGGUUAUGAUAAGAAUUGUGAGUAUCCAUUGGAUAGGUAUGAAUUACUCUCAGUAUUAAAGUGUAUGGCAAAGGCUAAACUCAUUACUAUAGAAUAUAGUCAGUCGUAUCCAGACGGAGGGGAAGGGGAGAGUCUAGACGGCGGCUCAGAAUACAACAAUACAGAUUGGAUAGCUUUCCCUAACGACGACCUAUUCACUCAUGUCUCAUCAUCGUCAUCAUUAUCCCAGGAUGUUACCUCUACCAGCAAUGAAGUGAUAUCAGCUCAAGUUGAUAAUGAUGAUGGUAGGAACAGAGCAUCGAGAACUUCUCUAGAUGUCAAGACUAUUCAGAAGCUAAUGGAUAAGUGGGGAGAGGAUGAUGGUGUUGAGGAUGACGGGGCUACUGGGAGCAAUAAUAAUAGUAAGACUAAGAGUAAGCGUAGAGCCAAGAGGUACAUUAAACUAGUGUAGUUAAUCUUAUUAUCCUCCAUAAUGCGGAUGAUUAAGAUAGUGAUGAUUAUCGUCAUCAGUAUCAUUACUA